AUGAUAGCCGGUAUCAACAGUUCCUACCACCACCUGCUGGCUGUGAAUGUCUGGAGCUGCACUGAAGUCAUGGCCCUGGGGCUCCUGUAUCUGGGCCUUACUCUGCUGGGAAUCCUGCAAACCCAAGCCCAGGAUGCCCCUCCAGCCCUGCCCCUGAACCCUCUGCUGUCCAGUGUCCCCCUGCAACCAGACUUCCAGGAAGAACAGUUCCAGGGGAAGUGGUAUGUCAUAGCAGUGGCAGACAACUCAGUACGCUUUGAAAACGUGACCCAAUUAGACAUGUACAGCAUGAAACUCCAGCUGAGUGAUGACCAUAGCUACAAUGUCACCUACACUGGCUUCAGUGAAGAGUAUUGUCAACUCUGGAGCACAGGUUUUGUCCCAACUGUACUGCCUGGACAGUUCACCCUGGAAAAUGUGACAAGUUUCAGUGGAAUACAGAGCCAUGUUGUGAGAGUGGUAUCCACGGACUACAAUCAGUUUGCCACCAUAUUCACGAAGAUAAUGUAUAAAAGCAGGGUAUACUUUGAAUCUACCCUCUUAGGGAGAGCCAAGGAGCUGAGUUCUGAAGUAAAGGAGAGCUACCUCGAAUUUUCCAAGUCUCUGGGCCUCUCUGAGGAGGACAUUGUCUUCACUUAUCCCAUUG